AGAAAGCCACACUUCGUUCUCUCUUCUAAAAGGAAAAGGGAAGAAGCGACACAACUGGUGAGAAUUCUGACACAGCACCUCCCUGAACCGCAGCCGUAAUGGUCGUUUCCGAAAGCGCCCAUCCGGGGUCCACUUCCUCCUAAGAGCUCACGGCAAAAGUGCCAGAGCCAGCCAGGCCCCUGGAGGUAAGGCUCGCAUCCAUGGAGAGACACCUCACGGUCCUUCGAGUGAGCCUGCACCACCCCACCCGGGGCCCCGCAGUCUUCGCCACCGUCCCCCUGAGGCUGCAGCACGACACCAGCCCGCUGCUGGUGGGGCGCGGCCUGGACGCCCACCUCCGGCUGCCUCUCCCUCGCCUGUCCCGCCAGCACCUGUCCCUGGAGCCCUACCGGGAGAAGGGCAGUGAGGUGCUGGCCUUCAACCUCAAGGCUCUGAGUCGCAGGGGCCAAGUGUGGGUCAACGGGCUGACGCUGAGAUUCCUGGAACAGGUCUCCCUGGGCACUGUCAACAAAGUUGUCUUCUCCGGCCUCCAGAUGGUGGUCUGCGUGGAGGGAGGCACCUCCCUGGAGGCCUUUGUCUGCUGCUUCCAAGUCAGCCCCUCGCCCCUGAUUUGCAGGCCCCAGGCUGAGGAGACUGACGAAUGGGAAGACAUCCCGGAGGAGCCACCUGCCCCAGGUUCGGAGCAACUGGCUCCAGGCCACCUGGGCUUUCUCCAUGGCCCUGCCCAGACUGGGGACAGCUCACCCCAGCCAAGCGUGGGAGGAGGCCCAGAAAUACAGCCCCAGAGGGAGCCCACAGACGGCAUGCUCUGCUAGCCCCGCCGCCAAGAGCACGCCUCGGCUGAAACAGGGCUGGAAAUAUUCGAACUAUAACAGGCGACUCUGACAAGUGGGGCCUGCCUGGCUAAUAAUGAACUGAUUCUGCAAACACGAACUGUGCCGGGGUGGGGGGACGUGCCCUCCGUGCUUCCAGCUCUGCAAGGCAAUGAGAACGUCAUAUACUUUUAGAGGUGCUGAGGGGCUCUGGGAGUGCUCCUCAGCAUUUUUCCACAUUUCACGGUCUUGUCUGACUAGGAGUUACUUUAUGUUGCUAAUUUUGUGUGCUGCUUAAGAGUGGGAUUUUGAGGUUGCAGCAGGAACGCACGGACACAUGUAACAAUUACGUUUGUGGUAGCUGGGGGUUACCUUCGGCUCUCAAAUACCCACAGGCACUGGGGGCUUAGGGAAGCCUGUGUUUAAUAAACUACAAGUAUUUCAUUAA